GAACACAAGGCAACAGAAGAACAAAGGACAGAAGAAAUGAAAAUGGCAAAAGUCAUUCAUAAGCACUGUGACAACUGUUACAGUGUCCACUGUCAAGCCCCGGUGAAUCUUUCCAUCUCAUGUAUGGUCAUUAAGUGUCACAAACACUGUGGCGCCACCUUUCAUAUGUGUAAGCAAGAUGAGCACCAACUACUCUGUCCAUAUGAGAUGGUUCCUUGCCUGAAUGUUGACUUUGGCUGCCCGCUCACAAUGCUACGCCACAAGUUAGCCAAACACUUGGAGGUCUGCCCAGCCAGUGUUGUCUGCUGCUCUCAAGAGUGGAAUCGCUGGCCUGUUCAUGAAACAGACAUGACCUUUUACAGAAAAGUUUCAGAAAAUCUUCAACUAAACACGGAGACAAACCUUGACGUUGCUCUGGCUCUCAGGGAUCAAGCCCUGCUGUUUCAGUCCAUCAAAAUGAAAAACAUUUUUCCUGAGAUGAUGGAGGACCCUGUCUUUCAGAAUAUUUCCACUGGAGUUAACAGUCCUGUUAAGGAUGCCUUCUGCUCCUUAGAUUUUAGUGAAUUUACAGAAAAUGUCAGAGCAGAGAUGGAAGGAGUAGAAGUGAGUCAAGAAGAGAGAAAUGCUUUGGCAAAAAACGACAAUGUGGCAAGUACCAAAAAUUACAAUACAUGGGAGAGAAUAUUUAAGAAGGAGGACGGGUGCAACCAAGCUGUUAAAAACUUAAAUAAGGAAGGAAAAUGGGAAGAAAAAGAAGAACAAAAGUAUUUAAAUUGUGAGGUGGAAAAUAGAAACUCACAUAAGGGUGCAGUGAGUGAUACCAGAAAUAUGGAUGGUGCAACCGGCCUUGCGCCUUGGCAAGAUGGUGUCCUUGAAAGGUUGGGAAAAGAAGUCAAUAUUGCAGAAUAUAACAUGUACCUGGUGCACAAUGGGGCAAUGCUGAUUAACUUUGGUCAACUUGCUGCAUGCACGCCAAGAGAGAAGGACUUUGUUUACGGUAAUCUGGAGCCAAUCGAGGUUCAGACUGUCCGCUCAUUUAAUGUUCCUGCCAGCUAUCGAGCAAAGCGCAGUCACCUGAAGGACCCGUCACAUAAGGCCAAAACUGCACACCAGAGUGUGGAUACUGCCGAUUUGGGCUUGUCAAUUGAAGAUCUUCCCAAGUCUGAAGAGGUCAGUGCAACACUUCUGUGCUCACUCGAAAAGGAACUGAAGGGACAUUUCAUCUCAGAGAGUGCUACGACAGAUGGUCUUUAUGUAAAUAUAGGAACACAAACGUACAACUUUUCCUCUGCUCCCUUCAAAGCAGAUGCAUCCCUAGCCGAUGUCAUCGCAGAAAGACCUUGUGGUCUUUAUUUUGAUGUUGAAACUGAAUCUGUCACUAGAAGACACAACAAAAUGAGUUCAGCUUUCAGCUACAUAUGUGGCCACUCCUUUCGCCGUGAUGAGUACCAGUCUCAUUUCAGGAAUGCUCACUGUGACAUACAGGCCUCUCUAGGUGGCUGGUAUCAGCAGCGUUGCCCCUUAGCAUACCUCGGCUGUACUUUUUCCCAGAUAAGGUUUCAUCCUGCAGGUCAACAAGCUACAAUCAAAUAUUGCCAAGAUGUUAGCACCUUGGUAUUCCAGCCUCACAUCCCUGCAACCCUCGGAGAUGGUGGGAAAAGCUGGAGUCCUCGAAGAAGUGCUGAUUUCAAUGGCCUAAGCAGCCUUCCGCUUGAGAUCCUUCAGCAUAUUGCUGGUUACCUUGACAGUUUUACACUAUUGCAGUUAUCCCAGGUUUCUCAUCUGAUGAGAGAUGUUUGUGCCACACUGUUGCAGGAAAGAGGAAUGGUCCUCUUGGAGUGGAAGAAAAAGACAUACUCGCAUGGUGGAAGUUCAUGGAAAAGUCGGAAAAAAAUCUGGAGGUUCAGCUCUCUGUUUUCUGCAGUGGACCGCUGGAGCUUCAGUAAUGUUCCUUCCAUGUCGGAGCAUCUGAAAAGCUGCACCUUCUACCAGAGAGAGGAGCGCAGGGAGCCAGUGGCUCUGGCCUGUCUGAAAGAAGUCAGAGAAAGACAUGGCAAACUGAAGCAUGAAAGAUAAUCCUACAUCUUGGAGCACAGUGGGCGGACCACAGCAGGAGCAAUGUCAUGUUAGGAAUAACUGGAGAACCGGGCCUAUGCAUCUAUUGCUGUGUAAAAACUGUAAAUACCUAAGAAAAUGCUUAAUUUUCAAACAUCUCAUUUAAGAGUACAAAAUUAUGAAAUAACUAAUUUCAUUAAGUUUUAAGCAAAAACUACCCUCAGGUUUGUGAAAUAAAAGGAAUAGAAAGUGUUGCUGUUGACAGCUGUUUCAGUAUGGCAAGACUGACAUCCAGUGGAACAAAGCUGAAGUGCCUCAUCUGUGCAGAGGAUGAGGUCACAUUACAUAGUACAAAAACAGUUUGGAUAUCUGAUUCCAAGUUCUGUUACCAUAUAUAUUAGUUUAGAAACAAUGUUUUGUUUUCAACGAGUACCCUUGAUUAUUUUUUUUUUUUUAUUACUGCUGUGACUCUUUGACAAUACAAGAGCUUUAUGUUUCCAUGAAUUUAGAAGUAUACACUGUUUAAUAAAUUUACUGUUGUAGUCUGA